AUGGCUGAACUUGCAGAUGCUUUGGCCAAAUUGGCCGAGAAUGAACAGGCUAUGGGCGACGCCGAGAAAGAUGUGGAGGUUUUCAGAAUCAAGCGCAUGCAAAGCAUAUACGAAAGUAGGGCAGCCAUCACCAAGACGAUUCCACAGUUCUGGUACAUUGUGCUAGCCCAGAAUGACGAUUUUGGUGAAUAUAUAAGACCUGAGGACUUGAAGUAUCUCGAGUCGAUUACUGACAUAUAUGUGGAUCAUCCAAUUGCCGAUACAGAGCACCACAGAGACUUUACCAUUACGUUUUCGUUUGGACCAGAUGGAAACGUUCCACAACAAGAUAUUGUCAAGAAGUUUACUACAGUUGAUGAAGAUGGAGAAGCUAAACUAUACUCUGAGUCUGUGGAAGUGCAAUGGCCCGAGGAACUUAAGGAUAUUAGUCCUGCUCUUAUCAGGAAGAAUAAGCAAGGCAAGAACUAUAGUCUGGAUGAAAAGAAGAAAUACAGACAAGGCAUGAAGUCGCUUUUUGCAUGGUUUGAAUGGACAGGUAAGAAACCAAGCAAAGAGUUUAGAAGCGGCGAAGAUUUGGCGAGAUUGAUCGUGGAUGACUUGGUUCCAAACGCUGUUCACUACUAUUCGGAAGCGAUCAACAACGAUGCUGAGUCUGAGGUGGAAGACAGUUCAGAAGGUGAAGAGUUGGACCUUAGUGAAGACGAACCAGAAAAGAAAAAACAAAAGACAGAAGAGUAA